CGUGCCGCGCGCUGGACGCGCCUCCUCUGCGUCCGUUCGCCUUCCCCAGGUGUCAUGAUGGCGCCGCCUGACGCGGCGUGCCCAGAGGAAGCCACGUCGCCCUCGCUCAGUUCUUCCUCGCCUAUAUAAAGGGCUCCGCCCCAUUCAUUUCUUCACUUCUUCUCGCGCGUCUCCUGAGUUUUACCGGUCAAGCUCCUCUCCUUUUGCCUUCCAGCCCUCCGAGUCAAGUAAGCCUCCUCUUUCGUUAGCUUUUCUUUCCGUUCUUCGUUCCCUCGUCUAGUUAUGUCUUCCCCUGGUAGUCAUAGGAUCUCAUCCUCAGAUGAUUCCUCAUCUGAGGACUCCACCUCUUCUUCUUCAACCGAGCGUUACUCCUCGGAUUCCGCACCCGGUCAGAUCCCCAACCCUUCCGUACCUGAGCCGCAGCCUGUGAACCAAAUGCCCGGUCAGGUUGCUGCGGAAGGGGAGGAACCGGUCGACAACGAACCGGGUCCUUAUGACCCAGACACCGAGUCGUGGGAGGAGUGGGAAGAGCGGCUCCGAACCGCUGGUUACUUUCCACUCCCUACAUAUUAUAUCCUCGACAUUUCCUCCCACGUAUCCAAAAUUGCCCUGAAUAAAAUCCGUAGGAGGCUCCCGGAUGGUUAUACCCUCCUUUACGAACAUGACUGGCCAAACAUCAUAGAGCCCCACCGGGAGGAUAGGAUAGGGUUUCAUAUGAUUUCCCUGGACGCGGGCAUUGUUUUUCCCCUGCGCCCCCUCCUUACCGAAGUUUGCCAUGCGUUUAGGAUUCUGCCCGGUCAGAUAACUCCUAACGCGCAUCGUUACCUGCACUCCUUUGUAAAUAUUUGCUCCCACCACAAAAUAGACCCUUCAUUGCGUCUUUUCCUCUUUUGUUUCGAAGUCCUACCGGGUGGGGCCGGUUGUGAGGGCUUCGUGUAUUUCAAAGGCCGCACCGGUAGGAAGUUCAUUUCUGACGUCCCCCAAAGCAACCGGGGGUGGAAAGAAAAGUUCGUUUUUAUCGAGUUUCCCCCAUUUGUUACCCCCCUAGCCGGUCUAAAAUGGAAUGACCACCUCCUCAACCAUGAGUACACCUUACCGGCCUCCUCCCCCGAUCUCGAAGCUAGUGUUGAGAUCCUUCUUCGUGGUGAUCCGUUCACCGGGAGGAAGUACAAUUAUGGAAGCUGGGUCUGGAGUGUCGAAUCGGGUGGUGAGGGUACCUCCCCGGCCCAUGACGCAGCGGGGCGCGGGGUACCCUCCCCGGGCAACACUGCGGAGGCUGAGGGCAACUCCCACCCAGACAUGGAGUUCGAGGAGUUUGCCAUCCCCGAAGAACAGCCACAGAGGGAAGCCGGUGAUUCCCAAGUUCCCGCUGCCAGAACUUCCACGGUCAACCGCGAGACCGUCGAAAUUCUCGAUGAGGAUGAGCCCGCGGAUGACCUGUCGAAGGAGAAGGCCAAGGAGAAGGUCGGUCGCCGGCAAAAGAAGGUGGCUACCACCCAUCCUUCCUACGCCAAGAAGAGGGCGAGAUCGGAUCCUGAGCCGGCUUCCCAAUCCAUCGAAGAAGCCUUCGUCAACCUAGGCCUAAGGCUAAAAGAGGCAGGGGAGAUCGGGCCCUAUGCGGCUGAACGGCUGGGGAUGGGCUCUCCUACAGAGUUAGCCCGGUUGAAGAAGGAAAAUGAAGAGAUGGCUCACAUCCUGAAGAGCCAGGCAGAUGAACUCAUCCGGCUCUCUAGUUUGACCGGGACAAUGAAGGCGGAGAUCUCCCAGCUCAAAGAAGAGAAUGGUCAGCUUAUGGACGAAGUUUCUGCGACGAAGCAGGAGAUGGCGCUGAAGGAGCAAAGCUUCCCCGGUCGUGCAGCUGCAUGGGUGGAUGAGAACAGAGCCGAAGCCGCCCGGGUGAUGACGGCAAGCCCGGAAGCUACCAUGGAGUCCUUCAGGCUUCUUUACCGGGAGCCUGAGGGGAAGAAGAUGAUUACCGCUAUUGGGUCCUUUGGGUUCAAGAGCGGUCAGAAGAAAGACCGGGCUGCUUCUCACAGGGUCCUGAAGAAAAGGGACCCAGACUUUAGUGCAGCUGCCUAUGGCUUGGCCCCGAUCCCGGAGGAAGAGCCUACUCCCCCAUUUCCCCUUGACUGAUCUCCCUGGCUGCGCUCGGUUGCAACUAUUUUAUAUAAACUUCGAACCCAUUUCCCCGGGAAUGCCCGGUGUAUUUGUAAACACUUAACUUUCUUAUCCUGCUUUAAUGCAAUGCUGAAUUUCCAUACCGGUUAAUCUUCCAUAUCUUCUUGCCUUUUGAUACUUCGUUAUUGCUUCUUAGAAUACCAUCAUAGAAAUUUUGACCGAUACAUAAAUCAGGCCACUUCUC